UUUCGCUUUUAAUUAAAGAUUGACCUUCACAUUAGCAACGGAGCGAAGACAAUAUAAUAGAAUUGCAGGUUCAGAUCAAAAUGUCAACGUUUAGAUGUAAAGAAAAGUCUGGUUAUCUCUACUGGUUCUAGUAAUUGGCAUUCUUAUCUACUACUACAAAACAGAAACUGAGAUUCUACACAGCGCCAAGGACAAGAGCAACUUAAAUGAACAGGAACAUGCUUCUCAAACUGAAAACGACAUUCACAAACAAACACAUCAUGCAAAUGUUUUAAACUCUAAAUCUGAUUUAGCUGACGAAACUGAAGGCACAAGUAAUCAUAUACACGAAAAAGUCCGAGAUUACAGAACUGAAACUAUUCAGAGCAAAAAUAAUGCGUUGAUUCCGGAAAGCUCCAAUGUGACACACGAAAGUUUCUUUGCAGAUUUUCAGUUAUUAAAAGAACAAGUUAAAGAUAUUUUAGAAAUACAAACAAAACAUGAAAUGAGCACAACUAAUAAAUUAGAAAUGGAAAACGCUCUUGAAAACCUCAAGAUUGAACUCUGCAACAAUAUAAAUUUCACAGUGGAUUUGUCGAACAAGAUAAAAAACAUGACUGAAACGAAGUUCGCUCACUUUUCCAAGACACUGAGCGAUCUGGACAAUGGAAGUAAAGUAAGAUUAAAAGAACUGCAAAAAUCUUUAAGUAUUUUUACUACUGAAACACAAGACAAUGUACGUGAACUCCGUGAAUUUGUGAAAAGGUUAUACGCAGAGGUAGAAGAAGAUUUCAAAGUGAGAAUAGAAAAUGUUAAUGAGCAACUAAAAGAUGUUCAAAAUAACAGGAAAGCGGCUGACCAAAGAAUAUAUGAACUACAGCAAUUGAUAGAGAACAGGAUAUUUCCAAACACGUUCAAUAAAGAUGUUGCUGUUAUUGUUUUUCUGGCUGUCGUUGCGUUUGUUUUAUUUCUAACAUUCUGUGUUUACACUCUACGUUCCGCACUAGAGGAGUCAAAAUCCGAUAUUGCUACACUGAAGAAAGAACUGAAAGGUUUGGAAGCAACUUUGAAGCAAGAACAUUCAUACGGUACAGGAGGAAAUGAAGUACCGGGGAGGAUGUCAUAGUUUACUCCAUUUGUUGUUGGAUUCAAUAAAAGUUUAGUUUGAUACUCUUGGGAGAAAUGCAAUUGACAGCUUUUCAUGGAAAUACAGGUUAAAUAAGUUUAUUACACGGGUAGACUGACCCCGCCAUUAUGUUCAGUUUGUCAGUUUGAAAAGCAUGACCUAUGAUGCAAAAGAAACAUGUAUUUGCUCUACAGAUUUAUUACGAUGAGAUCACGUGAUAAUUUAUUUUAAGAUGACAAAUAAGAGAAACGGUUUACUUAUAUUGGUGAGAGGAGAAAGCAUAACGCAAAAUAUAGUAGGAACUAUAGAGUAAAUCGUUUUGCGUGUGGCUUAAACAUUCUUGUCCAAACCAAAUUCACUGAUUCAUGAAUAGGAUCAUAUUUUAUAGACAGAACUUUGUCGAGAAAAAAAAAAAGCUGCGUUUUCCUGCGUGGAGUGAAUUUUAGCAAAGAAAGCGAAACUACUUUCGGAAAUGUUUAUUAAAUCAAUUUGUUGCUUUUUGUAGUAUAUAAGUUCAAUUAAUGAACAGAAUUAAUGCCAAAUUAGAGAUUUAAAUUUUCCUUUACUGACAAGCAUGACAAACAGAUUUACGUCCGUAAUUGUCAUAUUUGAGGUAAUACAAAAAACUCGACAACUUAACGUGUUCAGUAAACUCAUUAUGAUCUAAUCACUGACCAACUUGGUCAUUCAUCAGCAAGAGUAGUUGUAUUUUGCAUCCUUUUUGUUUAUGUUUCUCACGUAUGCAUCAAUUAUUUAAACAUGUCAAAUAUUGCCCGAUUUAAAUAUAACAAAUAAUUAAGGCCUUCUAAUGGUUUAUCAACUGAUUUAAGUUCAGAUGAGUAGCACGCCCUCGUGGUUAAAUACCGAAGCAUCUGAACGAUGAACCGUGGUAAAUCAGACGAUAACUCACAAGAAGGCCUUGAUUGUUUUCAUUCUGACAUGCUCAUUGGCAUAUUUUAAUAAAUAUCAUACUGGACUUCAUUUACCCGAGGAGUAAUGUAUCGGACGUCAUGUGGCAAUUUGACGUCAUUAUUGACGUCAUAAUGCUCUCCUACCGGUCCGCGCGUCAACCAUUGUUUAUCGCAGAUUCUAAAUGGCUCGAUUUGAUUUCCAGUUAAACAAAGAAGAAAAUCAAGCUCUGUAUAUUAUACAGUUAUUGACUUAUGUUGAGGUCAAUAUGUGUUUUACGGACCUGUAAAAGCGAUAUUGACCGAUGACUGCGUCCUCGGUCAAUAUCAUUUUUACAGGUCCAUAAAAACACAUAUUAACCUCAACAUAAGUUUAUAAUUGUUAUAUUAUAUGCCCUUCUCAAAUGCAUUCAUUUGAAUGGCCCAUUUUUCUUACAUACAAGAAAAGGUGAUAUCACAAGAGUCAUUAUCGCUUUUUGCGGACCCGCACGUGCACUCAUUUCGACCAAUCAAAUGAGCGCAUUUGAGGAGGGUAUAUAAUAUUCUGCGAUAAACAACGGUUGACGCGCGGACCGGUAAGAGGGGUCAGCUUUUCUCCUAAACUAUCAAAGCUAUUGCUUUAAAACUUGCAACACUUGUUCACCAUCAAUAGCUGACUCUUUACAGCAAAAACAUAACUCCAUCCUGCUUUUUGCCAGAAUUAUGGCCCCUUUUGGACUUAGAAAAUAUUAGAGUUCUUGGUUAAGUUUUGCGUUUAGGUCAACUUUCCUCCUUUACGGUCAAAGCUAUUGCUUUAAAACUUGCAACAUAUGUUUACCAUCAAAAGUGUCACUGCACAACAAGUACCAUAACUCUGCAUUGCUUUUUGCAAGAAUUAUGGCCCCUUUUGAAUCAUGGGUAGGUCAAUAUUUGUAAUAUACUGAGAUAAAAAAAACAGAUGAGCGUCUGCACCCGCAAUACGGUGCUCUUGUUAAUUAUAUUUUGCUAUUUUAUAGUUUGAUUUUUAUUACUAUUAUUUGUUUUGUAAUAAAACUUUUUAACAUA